AUGCGCUGCACAGUUGUCGCCCUUCUAUCCACCGCUGCCUUCUCCCUCGGCGCUCUUGCCCAUCCCUCUCCUCCCCAACCCGCCGCCAUCUCCUCACCUCUCGGAAAGCGCUACCAAAGCGGCUGGUGCGGCGUGCACGUAACGCAAUACCAAAAAAAUGAGGCCGGCAACUCCGAGUACAUCCUAGACGUGACCCUCUACGACGCGCUGCAAGACCAAGUGGGCGCGGUGACGGGACUCAGCGCCCCGGGUGGCAGCUACCAGGACAUUGACAGCCAGCUUCCGUAUGUGUUCGAGGUGGAAGUUGGAGCCAACGAUCAGCAGCCUGUGAUGUUUAUGGAGUUCGCUGCAAUUAUGCUGACGAUGAACAAUAUCUCCCAACGUGUCACAGAGGGUGUCUCCCGGACGAUGGAGACUCUACCAGGCAACACGAACAGAGAGCUUGAAGUGAAGAGUCUUGCUCAGAAUCUGACCAGAGAAUUGUCAUCCUCGCUAUCUCUAGGAGUCCCACGACCAAUUUUUGACGCCCUCUAUCAGUCAUUUUCCGGAGCUGAAUUCCAAAGUGUCAUGAAUCAGGACAUCCCUUUGACUAUGAGGGCACGUCACAGCCAAGCCCACCAGUAUCUGGAUCAGCGCACACCUUCAGAUGGUGCCUCUGGCUACAAGGCCCAUUUUGCUAUUGAAAAUGAUCCAGAUGAAAAGGAUAACAAGGUAGAAGUCACGAUAGACAGGGCGAAUUCUGUUGAGCCAGCAAAUAGCCUCUCUGCAGGCAAUGCAGUUGCUGAUGAUCCACCACAUCUUCUCGACGGUUCAAAAGCACUGGCGGCUAUUACCGCGGAUAAGACCGAGAUCCUUGGCCUGUCAGAAGUUUCCUAUGAUAUCGAGACAAUGAGAACAGCAGAUGAGAGACGCAAGCGUUCUAUGUAUGACAGAUGUAUCAGUUUGGAGGAUCUGAAGAGGUUCUCGAGAAAAUACAGGCUUCACACACCUGUGCCUAAGGAUCUAGACUCCUUGCGUUCCAAAGACACGGCUAGGCAGCAAAGUCGCGGGCUCGUAGAGGACGCUCAGCUUAGGGCGCCCGGUCCAUCGGCUCCAACUGUUAUUGCCAGUAUGGCUUCUACGAUAUCGCAGGUCUCAGCAGAUUUGAGACAGCAAAACCUUGAAACGGAAGAGCGAGACAAUCACCUGCUUACCAAAUUGCACAUACUCAAGCUCAUCGAUGAGGACGUGAUCUGUCACCUAAAAGGCGUUCACAAGGAGGAUGUGUUUGGUUUUGUUCUGUUUGCACUCAAAGAAUACUGCCCGCAAGCGAUUCUUCCACUGAGCCCAAGUUGUGAAGAACAGGAGCGUUACCCUUUCGAUUUGCUCGGAGUGUUCACCAGACACAGAUUUGAUGGAUGGCAUGAAAGACUGGCCUCGAGCCUUCGAGUCCUUUGUAUUGACUACUCAGUUGAGAAGCUACAAAGUCACUGUGAAACACGUCCAAAUCGGUACCAUGAACAUUUUGGGGGGCUUCGAGAAGUCCACGGCAAUCCAAACGCUGGUGAAUGA